CUUUCAUUUUGCCUUUUGUGUUUAUGUGUUUUCUGUUUUAUCCCCUAUAGAUAUAUGAUCAUAGUUUAAUGGAUUCUAUUAAUUAGCAUGGAUUGAAGGAUUCUGUAAUCCUUAAGUUCACCAAAAAGAGUUAUUUGUUAGUAUGAUAUCAUUUAAUAUGAAUGGUGGGAGGAUUCAAUUAGCAUCGAUUUCGAUAGCUUGCUGGUUGAGUUUCCGUGCUAAUGACAAUGUCGAAGCAAAAGAUGGAAGGAUUGAUCAGCAUAAAUGAAGAAAUAAUUAGGAUAAAGAAGACGGAACCCGUUUUAAUCCGUCCGGCGGAGGAAACUAAAAAUGGUUUCUAUUUCCUUUCGAACCUUGAUCAGAAUGUUGCAACCAUUAUCCAAACAUUUUAUUGCUUCAAAGCUGAAGAUGAGAACAAGAAAAGUAGUGAGACUAUCAGUGAAGUGAUCAAGGAAGCACUGGCUAAGGUUUUGGUUCACUAUUAUCCACUUGCAGGGAGUUUAACAAUCAGUUCUGAAGGAAAACUGAUUGUGAAGUGUACAAACAAAGGUGUACCCUUUGUUGAAGCUUUUGCAGAUUGUGAGAUUGAAGCUUUAGGGGAUAUAACUGUUCCUGAUCCUUUGACUUUAGGGAAGCUUGUGUACACUGUUUCUGGAGCUGAAAGCAUUUUAGAGAUGCCUCUGUUGACAGCCCAGGUAACGAGGUUUAAAUGUGGAGGGUUUGUGCUUGGCAUGACAAUAAAUCAUUGCAUGGUUGAUGGGAUAACUGCAAUGGAGUUUGUGAACUCAUGGGCUGAAACUGCAAGAGGAUUACCCUUCACUGUCCCUCCAUUCCUAGACAGAUCCAUAUUAAGAUCUAGACAACCUCCCAAGAUCGAGUUCACCCACAAUGAAUUCAAAGAGAUCAAUGAUGUAUCCAACAUGGCAACCCUCUUUCAAGAAGAGCAAAUCCUUUACAGAUCCUUCUUUUUUGACCCUGAGAAGCUAACCCAUUUGAAGAAAAUGGCCAUGGAGGAUGGGACCAUAAAGAGCUGCACUAGUUUUACAGCUCUCACAGCUUUGGUGUGGAGAGCCAGAAGUAAGGCUCUUAAGAUGAAACCAGACCAACAAACUAAGCUUCUCUUUGCUGUAGAUGGAAGAUCAAAGCUAAAUCCACCACUGCCAAAGGGAUACUUUGGUAAUGGGAUUGUUCUCACAUGUUGUCUUUGCACUGCUGGGGAGUUGAUUGAGAAGCCAUUAUCCUUUGCAGUUCAAUUGGUGCAAGAAGCAAUCAACUUAGUGAAUGAUAACUAUAUUAGGUCUGUGAUAGAUUACUUUGAAGUAACAAGACUAAGGCCUUCCUUGGCAGCUACUGUGUUGAUCACAACAUGGACUAGACUUGAUUUUGAUACUACAGAUUUUGGGUGGGGCCAACCAACACAAUCGGGUUGUGUUACCUUACCUGAAAAAGAAGUUGUUUUGUUCCUCUCUCAUGGAAGAGGCAAGAAGUGUAUGAAUCUGCUGCUGGGUCUUCCAGUAUCUGCCAUGAAGAUCUUUGAAGAACUAAUGCAAGUGUAAUUUAUAGGAAAAAUGUUAUGUGGAUGGUCAUGUAUCUCAUGUAUGUACAUGUUUGUCACUUCAACCGUCCGAUAAGCAUAAAGUGAUAACUUUUAAUACCAUAUUUGGCCCUACAAGAAGGGAAGAGGUGCCGACCAUGUAUAAAAACCAUAUCCUAAUUUAUAUGAG